CGAAACGUCAGUUUCAGCCUUGAAACGGAACGUUUGUUUGUUAUUGUUUUGCCACUUUUUAGGUUAUGUUUAGUGUGAUAAGUACACAUUGCGUGAUGUUUUAGAUUUGUUUUACAGUUUUCUUAUUACAAUAAGUAUAAUGUAUAACAUAUAUUUAAGAGCACUAAAUCUUCGUUCCAUUAAUUCUAUUUUAAAUGUGAAAGGUUGUGGGUGUAUCCGAAAAAGCAUUCAUAAUGUGGGACUUGAUGAUAUUCCCAAAGUAACGGCGACUGAAAUUCGCAAACUAUUGAGACAAAAAGGCUUUGCCGUACAAGAGGGAUUCACUUCACUAUCGACAAAGUGUUCAAUAUGUUCUAGUGAAGAAAAGAAGGAUAGUAAGGUUUAUAUAAACAAAACAACAGGUUAUUUUGUAUGUCCAAAAUGUAAUAUUCAUGGAGAUUGGAAUUUCUAUGAGAGGCUACUAAAGAAAGCUAAAAUGGAUGCAUCACAAAAAGAAAUUAUAGAAAAAUGCCAAAACAGCUUCAAAAAAUUUCAGAAUGACUGGUUAGAUAUUUCAAAAACUACUAGUUUAUUAUCUGAAUUAAAUGAAGGAGAGCUGUUAGAUCUCUUUAGGUUAUUUGAAUUUCCUUAUCAUCAUGAAGUCAACAAGACCUUGUCUGAUGUCAGAGUAUCAUCAGACCGCACAGUAUUAUACUUUCCACUUAAGAACUCAUUGGAUUGUAUAGUGGGAUACCGUAAAGUCCAAGCUGGUAAAGAAGAUGAGGCUGUAAAUCAUGGGUUACAUGCUGCAGGCCUAUUCUCUUGUCGAGCUCCUAAGGUGAACCGUAGUGACCAAGCUAUACUUGUGCCAAAUAUUGAAGAUAUUCUACACUUAGCUGCUCACAAAAUUGCAGGUACCUUGGUAUGGCUAAGUAAUUGUAGUUUACCUCCUAUUUUGUUACCAUCACUUGAAAAUUAUCAGAAAAUAUGCCUAUGGGGCGAUUGGAAUAACAUGAGAUCAGUUGCUGAAAAACUUGGAGAUGGGCGUUGUCGUUUUGUCAGGCCCACAGAUGGAUUGGUGACCGCAACGGAAGCUGCUCACGCACAGUUAUCAUUGAAGGCCCUUGUGGCAGAGGCUAAACCAGCGGCGCAUAGAUCCAUCACUACUUUCGCGGCGCUUCGCGAUGAUGUUUAUGCUGAACUCACCAAUCUUGACAAGGUUCGAGGAAUAAAAUGGAAGAGGUUCCCUGCACUUACUCGCUUACUAGGCGGGCACAGGCGCGGAGAACUGACAGUCCUCACGGGCCCCACUGGUUGCGGUAAAACGACACUGUGCGCCGAAAUGUCACUGGACCUUGCACAGCAAGGAGUAAAUACACUUUGGGGUAGCUUCGAGAUUCGAAACUCCCGUUUAGCGCGAACCAUGCUCCAGCAGUUCGCGGGCGUUUCUCUGGAGCAGAACCUUCAAGAAUUCCACAAGUUCGCAGACAACUUCCAGAAGUUACCGAUCUUUUAUUUGGCUUUUCAUGGACAGCAACCCGUCAAGGUCGUCAUGGAAGCGGUAGAACACGCGCGCUACAUGCACGACAUAUCGCACGUGGUGGUAGAUAACGUGCAGUUCAUGCUGGGGCUGGGUGAGGAGCGCGACGGGGACCGCUUCCAUCGGCAGGACGCGGUCAUCGCCGCCUUCCGCACCUUCGCCACGGCGCGGCACUGUCACGUGACCCUCGUCAUGCACCCGAGGAAGGAACGCGAAUCUGAAGAUUUAUCCACCAGCUCGAUAUUUGGCAGCGCUAAAGCCUCGCAAGAAGCGGACAAUGUUCUUAUUGUUCAGGACAAGCGUUUGACAGCAGUUCGUGGAAAAAAGUAUUUGCAAGUUGCAAAAAACCGAUACAGUGGUGACCUGGGGAUUGUACCUUUAGAUUUCGAUAAAGAAUCUCUGAGCUAUCAACCAAAGAAGAAAGCCAAGCCAAAAACAGAUGAGCCUGAUAAACUUCUAGACCAAUGCUUUGAAGAAUUCUCUGUGGACGAUCCUUCAUUUAACCAUGGUACUGUAAAUAAGGUGGCAAAGCAAGAUUGGGGUCACAAAAAAGCUAAUUAUAAGAAUAAAAAAGAAGUAGAAAGUUUUCUAAGCGACAUCUUGAAUUCCAAUAGAACUAGCUAACAUCCCAGUACUGUAUUUUUUUUUAAGUUCAUUGAAAUUAAAUUAUUAAUAAGCUGGUGGUAUACCGAUAUUUAAACUAAAAGUUGAAAUCUCAACUGCCACAAAGUUAUUUGAUCACCUAUCUACUUUCUUAAAUUAUUAUUUACUAUCGUAUCGCUUCGGUGUAGUCUACACACGCACCAAUAAAUAAAACCAGUCAGACAUUCCGCUGAUGUUGUCCUUAGUAACGAGCGAGAGAGAAAGUCUUGCGUUAGCAUUUUGGAUUCGUUUAAAUAAUGGAUCGAUUUAUAAGAGUUCUCAUUUUUGAGAGAUCAUUAUUUGAUAAAUUUCUUAAGAAUGAAAUAAAAAAAAUGCUUAAGUCAUUACUUAACUGUUUUUAAAUACGACGGUUAGGCGCAGCGCACACCGGGAGAGGCGCGGUGUUACUACCAAGCUAAAAGGGACGCGAUACGCCUGUUUAAAAUUACUGUAUCAGAAUUCACUUUAAAGUGUAAAGUACCACUAAAGCAUUGCGCAGCGCGUCAUACACACAAAGCACACGUUUGCUCUUGGUGUGAAAAGCACCCAUAAUAUAAAUAUUUAGAGAUAUUUUUCUCACUACUAAUAUUUAUAUAUGUUGAUGUAUAAAAAUAAGUACCUACGUGUAACUUUAUAACUAGAUACAUUUGUCUCAACUAAAUGUAAUGUGAUUUAUUUGUUACCAAAUGAAUAAUGUAAAAAUAAUGUAAUAUUUUUUAUUUAUGAAAUAAAAAAAUUUAAUUUAACUUUUAUUUCUUUUAUAAUUUGAUUAUUUGUCUUAUAAUCCACAAAAUUAUAUAACAAUAAGUUUCUUCUUCCACAACAGCUACACAAAAAACAGAUCAAUUACAAAACUAGGUAUUGUAAUUAAAUUUAAUCUUAUCUAUUACAUACAGAACAUGUUUUAGCUCCACAUUAAAUUGUACUUUGUUUGAAAUGCGAUUGUGGACGAAAUCCAUAUAGGACAAACAACAACAAAGUUAUUGGGCACAACGUGACCAUGUGCAGUAAUGGACAGCUCAUUACUAUGUUUUAUACAUAUCUAUUCUCGAGCUCUAGAUGUUAGCCCUACUUACAGAGCCAUAAUGAUAAAGCCCCAGAUGAUAACAAAUAACAACUAUUAAAAUACAGUCUAGAGUAAUAAUUUUAAUUUAACAUACAUUUUUUAUAUUUUAGGCAUAAAUUUUUAAUAUAAUCGCAAACUAGUCACAGCGCAAUUCAUACCAAAGCCGACGACCCACCAACUUUUGUCGGUAAUUUUUUGCCGGCAGGCUAGUUGGCGGCUUCGCUGCUUUGGUGGCAAGAGUAGACCACUUUUGGAAGUUACCGCUUGGGUGACUUCAGGAUCCGAGCAAUGGGCGAGUACGCAAGUCACCAACAAGGCGGCCGGUAGCUCGCGCAAGCGCAUGAUUAUUUUCUUAUAGGCCACCAGAGCAGCAAUCUUGAGUAUGUGUUGCGCUUAAGAUUUAUUAAUUCAUAAUCUGCUAUAAAAUACUUACAUAAAACAUUUAGAUAUCAACUUAAUCUAUUACAAGUUACUAUAUCACAUUACAUGUCUUAUAUAAUAAAGAGUCAAAAUCAUAAGAUAUGCUUGAUUUUAGUCUAAUUUCAUUAUAAAAAUAAAUAAGUUUUCUAAAAGGAAAUUAAUCCCUAAUUGGCAUAUAUAUUAUAUGGGAAAAAAUAUUUUAUUUCAAAAUUAUAUAUAUGUACAUUAAUAAUUUUCUUCAAUAAAUGUCACAAUAAUUAUUUACUAAAGUGUGCAUGUACAGCAUCAAUCAAUGAAGAAUUACUUGUCCUAUUUUGUUUUCUUUUACAUUUGGGGCAGGGUAGGUUUGCAUUGAGGCAUUUAGAAUGAAAGACACUUGAACAUAUAUCACAUCGAUAUGUAGAACUUGUCUCAAAGGGAUAUAGUAUUUUAGUAUCUUGACAUACUUCACAAAUAAAUCCCUUUUGGCUACAAAGCCAGCAAUCUAAAACAUGUGAUUUGGCAAAACAUACCACUUUUUCUAGCUGCAAUUGAAGUGACCCAUUUGGUAUUUGUGCUAAAUCAGAUAUAGUAUACAAAUGCAAAUGUUCAUACAAAUAUUCCCUAGGCCAGACACGUUUCUGCAACUCCUCAAUUACAUGUUCUCUACAUGUAAAUAUAUAUGCUCUGAGAAAGUUUAGUUGUAUUCUUAAAUCUUGCAGAUGUGCCAUGUCUGAAACACCACAGUAUAUCUUUGGAUUUAAUUUUUUCAUAUCUAUCCAGGGAUGGUGUUGAAAUUCUAAGAGAAAUAGAGCCGAUUUUUUGGAAACUGGAUAUCUUUUAAAAUCCCAAUUAUGUAUGACUCUAGCUGGUAUAAUAAAAACAUUUGGAUCCAUGCAAUUGGAACAAUAGUAUUCUCCAGUGAAAGCGCACACCUUUGCUUUGGAUAUGGUACUGCCCAGGAGAUCUUGGCAGCCCUUGCACUGAUAGUUUUGGUGGUCAAGCCCUUGUUCUCUGGAGAGUGCUCCCAGCUGUAACUUCAUUUUCUGUAACUCUUGAGCAGUGAAUGAACCAGAGAUUGAAUUGGGAACUACUUCAAAAUCCAAACAUUGCAACAUUGGAUCUUCUGUGGAGACAGAUUCAACGACCAAAUCACAGACUUCAGUAUCAUCUGUUAGUUUUAAUUCUCUCUCUAUAUCCUUCAUAAUAUCUCUUAAAUUAGGUGUGUUGUGAGUUUCAGAAAAGUUUGUAUUGUUAUCUACAAGUGAAGAUAAGCUCUUUAGUUCUGGAGUUUUAAUCAUACUACUUCCAUGUGAAGAAUUUGAAUGUAUGGAUGUAUUCAAUUCAUCAAUCUCAUUGGACCAACCCUUCCCACACAGGGAGUUACCAGUAACUAUUAGAUCAGUAGGAGCAAUGAAGUCUCCCAAAUCCAAAGAUGAUGAGCAAGGAGAUGAUACUGCCUUCUCUUGACUAGUUGAUGGUUUUUCUAUCUCUAAAGGACCUGAUUCUUCUUUAACUGUUUGAACUGGCUCUAGAUCAUUCUCUUUUGGUAUAUCUGUUUCACGGGCUUUGGAUGUAAUAUCUUUUGAAUCUUUAGAUAGUAUAAAAUCAAGUGCCUCAUCUUCAUUCAAUGCAAGCAUUCUUCCUAACCCUGUUAUGUUAGAAGAGUGUGUAGGUGUAGAUGCUAAUUUAGGUUUCACAUCUUCAUCAGUGAUUGUACUUGCAACAUCUAAAGCUGUACUUAUUGGGGCAAUCUUUGUUUUAGGAAUCCAAAUUCCUGCGAGCAUUAACACUUGCUCAGGCCAUUGAUUAAGGAGACUUGAAUUUAUAGGCAAAUUGAAAUGUAUACAUGAUUCCAAACCUUCAAUAAGUCUUUGUGCAACUUCCAGAAUCUCUGAAUCACAAACAAAUGCAGUUUUAUUGUAGAAUGGUUUAACAGCAGAUAUGUUUUUCAAUAGAGUAGACAUGUAGGAUGACAAAAGACAUUCGUUUAAAGCAAUGCGGAGCCAAGCACGACAUUGCCCUAUUUCAGUAUUGAUUUGAGGCAAUGAUGAUAUUUGAUCUAUAUUCUGUCUAUGUGAUAACACAAGAAUUAAUGGCCAAAAAUUAGGCUGUGGUCGGUGAUCUGAAUCACCUGAUAAAGCAUUCUUGGCCUUCCUCAAAAAUGUAUCUUUUAAUCCAUGAAGAAAUACUGCCUCCAAAGCCACACACAAGGUGUUUGUAGAAUCUGUUGACCCUAAAACGCUGUGGAAGUUCUCUUCGAACUGAUUGUUAUAUUGAAUGUCUUUUACGCAUUCUGAUAGAUUGUUUAUCAAAGAUUCCUUUAAAAUAGUGUCACGGUUACGAACAUUGAAUCCGGACGCUACGUUCUUGAAGAAAGACAUGUCUAUUUGUUGUCCUCACUAAGUUUAUAAGCAAUUUAAUAAUAUAUUACAUCACACAUAACUGUUGAAAUUAAUGUAAAAUUAGCAUUCAUUAAGAUAAAAAAGUUAAGGAUGUUUAUUUAUUAAAGUCACUUCUACGUUUUUUUUUUAUUUUGCACACCAUUUUACACUGACAUGACAUAACGUUUGACAUAUAAACAAACAAACAAAGCUGAAUCUGUGGU